AUCGGGGAGCUUUAUGGCGUCUUGAUCCUGCAGGGUUUAGCAGGAUUGAGUAAAUAUAUUCUUAUCUCCUCCGGUACCUACCUAGAUACUACAUGAAGUGGUUGCCGGUCUGUGUCUCUCUGUUCUCUCUGUUCUCUCGAGUCUUGACGGACCUGCGGACAAAAACGAAGAUAAGAGCAAAUAAGCUCAAUUCUCCACUCGAGAUAAAGUCACGAACGAAAGAGAUUAGCUCUGAAUUGAUUGUUCUCCAAGUGGGCAAAGAUGGCCGCUCAGGAGGGCGAGAGAGGGAAAAAAGUGGAGAGUUGGAGGGGCAAAACCUCAACAACGCGAUAAAAGUUGAAAAAAAAACCCUGCGCAGCCGCCGCUGCAGUGGGGGGGCACACGCAAUGCCCAGAAACUUGAGUUACUCCGUAGACACUUAUCAAGCUUAUUAAGAAACUAGUUAACUAGUUAGAGGAUGCUACUAGAUGUUAUCAUGAGUUCCCGCUACGUAACUAUCAAUUGAUUGCGUCGUCAAUACUCCUCGACAUAAUAGUACAUGAGCAAAGAUAAACAGACAAGCAGUUGUUGGUCCAUCACUGCUCU